AUGGAAGUCGCAGCCUACGCACCAUACCGCCAACACACAUUCCAUCCGGACUUUCAAUCGCAUUACAGCCAGUAUCCGGAAUCUCGAGGUCAAAUCUCUCAUCCCGUCGCUGUGCAUCCUGCUAUGGUAAGUCAAUAUCAAGAGGUCAGGCGUGCGGGUCAGCGUCAUGCGCCACAACAACACUCCACCCAAGCAACUUCAUCGCAGGACGAUAUGAACAAGCCGUCCUUGCCAUCAAUUUCAAACCUCUUAGGCAUAGCGGAUGGAGACAGAACUUCACUUGCCGGUCAAGAGAGUGGAAGUCCUCCACAACAGUCCCAAGCUCACUACUCGACUGCUCCGACAGAAUCCUCAUUUGGACAAGGCUAUGUGACAGUGGCAGAACCAACAAACACGACCAGAGGUCCUCUUCCCCCUUCACCGCCGGCUUUGCGCUCAGACUCUGUAGUCGAAACCGCUCCAAGUCCUACCUUGAUGACAGGUCAAUCUUACUUGGUCGGAUCAUCACUAAACAAUAUGGAACCCCAUCAACAAAGAGUAAUGCCUAUGAAGCGUCACUCCGUACCCAUGCCUAACGGUGGGAUGUAUGCAACAUCACCUUAUGCGAUGGCUGCCUACAAUUCAUCUCCAAGUGCGAUGUCGACCAGUUCCUACUACUCGGCGGAUGGCGUUUACGGUAUGAAUGGUGUCUAUCAACAGAGACCACUACCUUCGAACUUUCCCCCCAUCAUGUCAGGACCUGUUAUCGCAGGAUCCACCGUCCCUGCUCCAAACAUGUGGGAGCAUCACCAUUAUAUCGCUCCUUCCAACCAAGCAACAUAUCCGCAAUCGCAGGAUCGUUAUGUCUGUCAGACUUGCAACAAAGCGUUCUCACGACCGAGCAGUUUGAAGAUUCACAAUUACAGCCACACUGGAGAAAAGCCUUUUAAAUGCACGCAACCAGGCUGUGGAAAGGCAUUCAGUGUUCGAAGUAACAUGAAAAGGCAUGAGAGAGGUUGCCAUGCUGGAUCGUCCAGUAUCAUGGCUUGA